GAUUACAUAGAGAGUUCGAAGAAGAGUCAAAACUUUGAAACCAUCUCUGGAAGACUCGCCAUGAUUGUGUUUGCGGCGACGGUGACGGAGGAGAUUGUUACGGGGAAUUCGUUGUUUAAGAAACUUGAUGUGGAAGGAUUGAGUGAAGCUAUUGGAGCUGGUCUCGCCGCGAUGGGAUGCGCGGCGAUAUUCGCUUGGUUAACGAUUUCUCGGAACCGAGUUGGACGGAUUUUUACAGUGAGCUGCAACUCGUUUAUUGACUCGUUGGUUGAUCAGAUCGUUGAUGGGUUGUUCUAUGACACCAAGCCUAGUGAUUGGUCUGAUGAUCUUUAAGUUCAUAAAUGAUAAAUACCACU